CACGUGACUUCAGGUGAGUGUUGUAAACCGCGUCAGCGUUCACAAAUAUUUCAGGAUAAAUACCAUUCUGUUGGUAUUCUUGCGGACCUGACAGGAUGCCAGCCGCUAGUCAAGAUGAAUCAGGACUUGUUGCAGUCCAGACCCUGCAAAACAAUCUUGACAGGCUACAAGAUGCCACAGGGGCGUCAGACAACGAGAUUGACUUUCUCAGUAACCUUCUAUCAGACCCAACAUUUCAGGCUAUUGUUGAUGCCCAAGAUCGACUUGAAGAAUACCGGGAAGAUCAACCUGAGGGUCCUGAAGAUGAAAAACACGCUGCCAAGUGUAUCGGUGAUGUGUAUCAUGCUAUUGGGGGGUCGAUAGACACAGACCCAAAUGUACACGAGCUGAACCAGAUACUUGGAGACGCUCACGUGAAGGCCUUGCUCGACGCUCAUGAUGAUAUAAUUGACCGUAAUUUCGAGGAAAUGGUAGAGGAACAACAUCGACCACAGCUGUUCCAGUCGGUAUCCUCCAACUUCCAGGACCUUGAGGAUAAUAUCCGACUCGUUGGCAUAAUGAAGAGUGAUGAACCACUUGGCAUUACAGUGAAGAUAGAAGACACAGGGGACCUGGUGAUAGCGAGAAUCCUGGCUGGCAGCAUGAGUGAUAAACUUGGUUUACUCCAUGUUGGGGACAUUAUUAAAGAGGUGAACGGUAUGCCAGUGUAUACACCGCAAAUGUUGAUGGACAUUAUUCGCACCUCGGAGCAGCGUGUUAACCUUAAAAUUAUCCCAGCAUAUCAGGAGCAUCAUCAUACCUCCCAGAUGUUCAUGAAGGCACAUUUCACAUACAAUCCAAUGAAUGACCGGCUCAUUCCCAGCAAAGAGGCGGGAUUGUCAUUCCAGGAUGGCGAUAUCCUACUGAUCUUUAAUCAUGAUGAUCCUAACUGGUGGCAGGCUCAAAUAGUGGGAGAUGAGAUGAACCGAGUUGGUCUUAUACCGUCCAAGAACCUGGAGGAGAACAGGAAAGCUUUCGUACGCUCGGAUCAGGAUUACUCCAAAAGCAGCUUAUUAUGUGGUUUAAAACGAAAGAAGAAAAAGAAGAUAAAGUACAGUGCAACCAAAAAUAAAGACUGGGACACUGCAGACCUUGUCUUGUACGAGGAGGUGACUCGUAUGCCGCCAUUCCAGAGAAAAACCCUCGUCAUUGUAGGAGCGAAUGGGGUCGGGAGACGAUCCCUCAAGGAAAGACUGAUUAAGUCAGACAAUCGACGAUUCGCUGCAGCCAUUCCACACACAUCACGAGCCCCACGUGAUGGCGAGAUCCAUGGGAAGAAAUACUUUUUCACAGACCGCGAAACAAUGGACAUGGAGAUUAAGGCUGAUUUGUACCUGGAGUUCGGGGAAUUCAACGGGAACCUUUACGGGACAAAGUUAGAGACAGUUCAUGACACAAUCCGGUCAGGACGAAUGUGUGUCCUGGAUGUGAAUCCCACCUCAUUGAAGGUUUUGAAGAACCCAGAGUUUAUGCCGUACAUCAUCUUCAUAGCUGCACCAAGUGCUGAGGCCCUAAUGGUCAUGUAUGAGGAGGGGCGGAGAAAAGGAGUCGGAAGAGGGAUCGCUGGUCCAGGGACUAUUGAUUUCAAGACGGAGGAAGAUUUCUUGAAAAUAAUCGAUGAGUCUGCACAGAUUGAGAAAGUUUACAAGUCAUAUUUCGACACCACAAUUGUUAAUGACAGUUUUGAGGAAACUUUCCGGGAAAUUCGCAAAAUUGUGGAUACUCUAAGCACAGAUACACAAUGGGUGCCGGUGAAUUGGGUGUAUUAGCCAUAUUCUGUGACAUUUGUGUGAGUGCUUGUUUUUUUUGUUGACCUGACUUUGCCUUCAUUGAAAACUACAGGGAUUCCAGACCUUUGAGUUCAUUCAAAGCUACUAUAAUAUGCUAUGAUAUAGAUGUUUGUUGCCUUCACAAAAAAACCUCAAACUAAGGUAUUCUUGUAAAGACUUCUGUCAACAUAUUUGGGAAUAUGUAACUUAAAGGCAUCCAACUGCAAGAGUCCUUGAAGAAUGGGACCCACAACGUCUUUAAGGAAUUUCACCUACAAAGUCCUUCAGGUAUCUGUACAACAAAUAUGUGAAAUGUGUAUGCCUAGUGCCCCCAUAUUGUUUUGGUAUCAUUUGAAAAGGUUUUGAGUAAAGUAAAUAGUUAUGUAAAACAAUGAAAUUAUAACAAACGAUCUGCAAGAAAAUGCCUUCAGUGCUAUUUCUGCAAUUCAGGUGACUCAAGUCUGCACAUUGCCUGUAUAUUUCAUCUGGUGCAUUUAUCAUUUUUAGGCAAACCUUGACACCUUUGAAGAUAUUGAAUGAUAUUCACGUAUGAAGUAUUAAAAUAACCUAAUACCUGGUAAAUUCCACCUACAGCAUUGCUUGCUACACAAUUAUUUUGCUGUCACUAAGCAGCCCUGACUGAAUGAUGACCCCUGGUUUAAAACAUUAAUGGUGAACUCACAAGUAUCAAUUACAAGUCCAAACCAUCGGUGGACAUUUUUGUAUCUUUGGAGAAACCACCCUUAAUUUUAUUUGACCAAAGUGUUGAAAUAAGCUCUUCAUGGAAAAAAGACAUAAUUCACUGAUGUGUUGAUGACUUUUCCCCUUUAUAAUAGGAGGAUGGAAGACAGAUAUUUGGAUCACGUUUAUCUGGAAUCAAAAGGAUCACUAUUUAAACAUUACGUUGGCUUUCAAUCUGUAUGUAAAAUUAUUCAUUGCAUGAUUACCAUAUAAAACUGAAUACAAUUGUACCGUAUUGAAGGUUUUUAAAUGAUUUACAUAAUAUUUUGUUGAAGGAUAUAAUUCCCUUUUGAAUAAUUUAUUUUCCUGCCAGAAAUAUUAGGCUGAUCAAAUGAUCAAAUAACAUUUUUGCUGCUAUCAUUGUUUUCUUUUUGGCUAAUAAAAUAAACAUGGUAUUUGAUGGAUGCGUUAGACAUUUACAUCGGGGUUUCUAAAGUGCAGGACUAAUUCACAAAUCAGGAUUGAGUGCUUUUAACUUCAGACUAUUCCACAGUGGUAAAGAUUGUUUUUUGUUACGACGUUUGCAUCAAAAGCGUAGGAAGUACCUUGACAUGAAUAUAAAUGACUUUGUAAACAUUUUCAAAAGGGAUCUAAGCCACUAUACCCUGCUUUUGGCACGAAUCCCUCAUACUCAAACAGACCCCGGCUUAUUUUCCGGAUGGACAAUUAUCAGCAGUUAAGAUCCCCUGUAACACAUGUGUUUAUGGAGACUUUAAACUAAUUGCUAGAUUUUCAUCCAACUCGUUUAGCCGUCCCUUAAUUUGUUGUUGACUGAAAUGAAAAUGUUGAACUAGGGUGCGUAUCGGUCAGGUAUUGUCCGGGUACGGCGUUUAUUCAUAACAACGUUGUUGAUGUAUAACAUUCACAUGUAAAAAAGGAAAAUUGUAACGAUGGAGUUCGUGGUUCGUCUAGAAACAAAUGUAUAUGGUCCAUAAUGCAAUAAGAAAGAGCAUGAACACAAAUUCAGAGGUGAAGCAGUUAUCUAAGAAGAAAAAAUGUCACCGGCCCCGCCCCCAUUUGAAAAGAAAAUUGGAUGAAAAUCUAGCAAUUAAUUUACAUUGGCCUAAGAUGUUCUUGAAUGUGAUAUGCAGUGUUUAUUCCUCAGGAUGUUUGAGAGAUCAAUGUGUGUUGUAAUGUUUUAUCUCCUUAUAUUUCUUGAUCAUUCCAUAUUUAUAUUAUGCAAAUUUCUUUGAACUUCAAAGCCUUGGAUAUGCCACAAAAUUGUAAAUUUUGGUCGGUUAACUCUUUCCCUUGAGCAUUAUCAUGUGUAAAUACAGCAUGUUUUUAUUGUUAGCUUGUAUGAUUUUAUAUGAUAAACUUUGAGAUAUUGUCAUAUCCUUGGUGUCACGAUCAGAGCUCAAAAACUUGACCCUAGGCCAUCUCUUAAAAACUGUGAUAUAGAACUUGGUACACAUGUUUCCAGAGACAAUACCAACAUGUAGACCAAGGUCCACAACUCUGCCUUCAGUAAUUUGAUUGAAAAAACAACAAAAACAGACUUCAUUCCAUCUGCAGCGCUUUUGUUAAAAUUGUAACCAAUUAUUGUACAGAACAUAACAGUAAUCAUGACAUCAUUUAGAAGUAUAAAUUCACAAACAUUUUCUGUACAUAUUUCAAGCCAUUUAAAGAUGUGUAAUUCUGUCAUGUCUGUUGCAAUGUUAUUGCUAUGUGUUAAGUGUUUCAACAGAACAAAAGUAUUGAAUCCAAACUGUUCAAUGAUGGAAUAAACCAAUCAAGCAAAGUGUUUUGACAAAUGAGGUAGUUGAACAAUGCUUGUAAAUGAGUGUAGUGUAAGAUAGGUUCAUUCCGACCUGAGCGUAGGGUGUUUUGCGGAAACGAGGUUUACGGAGUUUCCGCAAAACACCCUGCGCGAGGGUCGGGAUGAACCUAUCUUAUACGAGCGGCUAUGGUAGAUGCUUUUUCUCCCACCUCAGUUAAACAAAAUUAAGUAAAAAUGUAUUUUUUGCUGGAACUCUUUUUUGCUUAGUGAAAAUAAUUGCAUAUGGAUAUGCGAUAGCACGUGGUUGUCAUGGAUAUAUGCGCAGUGAUCCAGUUAAUGUUAAUAGUCAAAUCGACCUUUUUAAAUAGUUCUAAGGUGAAUGAAGCAUUAUUUCUUGAAUGGUGCCUGAAAACUGUUUUAUGGUGACAAUUUAAGCGAGAAAUAAUUAAUUAGCGUUCUAAAUAUUACCAUAAGACAAGAUUUCCUGGAUGCUACUGACGACAGUCUUCAACAAGGGAGGUAAUUACAAUGUGGUAAAAGGAGUUCCAUACGGGCAUUUUAUCUUCGCCCGUGGGCAAGAUAAGAAUAUCUAGCAUGGUUAAAUUAUUGGAUCUACUUAUCUGAGGUGGGAGAAAACGCCCCCCUGCACCAGUAUGCUUGUAAAUGAGUGUAGGGUAAAAACUCCCCCUGCACCGGUAUGCUUGUAAAUGAGUGUAGGGAAUAAACUCCCCCCUGCACCAGUAUGCUUGUAAUGAGUGUAGGGUAAAAACUCCCUCUGCACCAGUAUGCUUGUAAAUGAGUGUAGGACAAAAACUCCCCCUGCACCAGUAUGCUUGUAAAUGAGUGUAGGAUAAAAACUCCCCCUGCAUCAAUUCCCACAUACCCCCAUGCAUUUACUUUUUAUUUUGUGUCUAGAAAGAUUGUUGUUAAAAGUAAAAUAAAAUAAAAACAAAUAUACACCUGAUAUAGAUGGUAAAUAAACUUUGAAAAAGGCAAGAAAAGUUUAAAAUCAUACGGGGGGAUUUUUUGUUUGCCAAUGCAAAACAUUGCUGGCAGGAAUCGUAUCUUGGGGGAUUAUGUACUAUAUGUAUACUAAUAUUCUGGUGGUAUGUUUACUGUAGUACAAAUUUGUUAAACUAAACUUUUUUGAUGCUUAUAUAUAUUAACAUGGUUGUAGUGUUGAUUAUUUGUUUUAGUACUGUUAAAGUAACAGGUGUAUAAUGUUGAAACAAUAUAUAAAAUAUUAGAUGGUCAUUUAAAGAUAUUUGUAGAUAUUAGAUAUAUUGGGCCGACUGUUAAAAGCUUUGUUAACGUUAUCAUUGUUAACUUUCGAUCAUUUCUGCUCUGGAAGUUUCAUGGAUACAUGUGUGAUUUGCAGUAUUUUUAACAACACUGGAGCCAACUGUUUCAUUACUAAGAUAUAUAUGAGCACCUCAUCAAUUAUUGUACCUUCUAAAGUUAACAUCAAUGUCAUAAACCAUUGUGAUUUUUGACAUCAUUUUUAACUUAAGCAAAGUUCUAGACGGUCGGCCCAUAAAAGGCUCUUAUUACCAUAAGAUAUAUAUUUUGAAAGUGUUAUUUUGCUUAUUAACAGACUGGUAAUAUAAUUAUAAAUGUUGUUACUUGAUGUUAGAUUCAGAAAUGUGCACCAUACACAUGUAUUCAGCCUUAUUGUUAAGAAUAUUAGUGUCCCAUUUUGUCAAAAAAUCCUACAAGUGGUUUUGGACCUCUGAGAUAUUUUACCAGUACAACACUGUUGCUGAUAAUCUCAAUUCGGUACAAAAUUGCUCCUUGGUGUAUUGAUGAAUUGGCACCUAGCUUUAUAUAAAAUAUAUAUUUUUGUAAUAAUGCAACAUUUUAGCACAGACAUAUCACAUUUUUGGUAACUUCACAUGUGCCUUUUAUCACCAAGUAUCAAAAAUAUCUAUGUACAAUGUAUUAUAAUUAGAUUAUUUUUCUGUAAUUUAAAUUAUAAAAAAAAUAUUUGUUUCAAAGUGAUUGAGUCUUUUAUCUAUUUUUGACAAGCCUGGCACAAUGCUAUUGAACUUUCCUCAUCUUAUAUGCACCAUUCUUGUGCUACUCACAGUUCCUUCUACAUUUUGAUUUUGAUCAAAUCGUACAGUCAUUUUCCAAUUAGUAAUUCUAAGUAUUAUUAUUAUUCAUUUCAAUACUUAUGUGAAAAACUACAGAAACAAGCUCAGUAUCAAAAAGUUACCUGGUUAAACAUAAACCCGGUUUAAUGGCAAAACAAAUAGUAUUGAAUGGUCAUAUAUGACACACAUAGAUUUAAUUUACAAGUAAAAGUUAGUGACUUAAGUGUAUUUUUUAAAUACAAUAUUAUAUCUACAAUAUUGUGCUGUAUUGUGUUUAUAACAUGGCCCUAAUAUGAACUAGUAGGUCCUUUGCUUUCAACAGACUUAUGAUAACUUUAUUUGCUAACCUAACUUGGAACAUAUUUAUUGCAGUUGAUAUUUCUUCGUUUGCCUCUGUUUUAUAUUAACUUUAUGUUCUUGUGUACAGUUGCUUUCAUAUAUUCAUGUUAGUCAUAUUUCGCCAUUCUUUAUAUCAAAAUAAAUACAAUUUUUAUAUGA